CACAUCAAAGAAUUCAAACUCUUACACUGACAACCACUCAGAAAUGGCAAACACGGGGCUUGGUGUGCCAGUCAAGCUACUCCACGAGUCCUUAGGACACAUUGUUACCGUGGAACUCAAGACGGGCCAACUUUAUCGUGGAAAACUCGCCGAGGCCGAAGAUAACUUGAACAUCUCACUCAGAGAUAUAACAGUAACAGGACGAGAUGGCCGUGUAUCACAACUAGAUCAGGUGUAUAUCAGGGGAAGUAUGGUCAGAUUCUUCAUUGUGCCAGAUAUGCUGCAGAAUGCCCCCAUGUUUAAGAGAGUUGGUCCCAAUGCCAUGCGCGGAAGAGGUAUAGGUACUGCGCGCGGUCGCGCAACUAUUAUGAGAGCGAACGCUCGUCGGGGACGUGGCGUCCCUGCCCCAAGAGGCAUCAGGAGGUGAUCUGAUGACAUUCCUGCGGUAAAAAUGUACAUAUUUUCGUAAUUCUGUAACUUGUGCAACGCCAACCUGUUUUUUGACUGCAAGGGUCCCUUCGCGCAAUUUAUUUUUGUUGCAAGCUAGGGGCUUGUACUAAUGUAUCUUGAAAUCCGCAUUCAUGUGGAAGAGCUUUCUUACGUUGACGCUUAUUGAGCAUGGAAGCGAGCUCAGAUGGAGAAAUUUCAGAAAA